CCCCCGCGCGCAGCCAUUGCGGGGCAGGCCCGGCGCUGCGGCCCGUCCGCCCGCCCGCCCGCUGCCCCGCGCGGCCCCGGGGACAUGGUGGCGGGAUGGCCCGGCCCGCCGACACCUUCCCGCUCCACCGCCUCGUCUGGCACAACCGGCACCAGGCGCUGGACAGCGCCCUGCGCUCCGGAACGCACGACGUGGAGCUGACGGACCCCCGCGGCCGGACCCCGCUGGAGUUGGCCGUGUCCCUGGGCCACCUGGAGUCGGUGCGGGUGCUGCUGCGGCACAACGCCAACGUGGGCCGGGAGAACGCCAACGGCUGGACGGUGCUGCAGGAGGCGGUGAGCACGGGGGACCCCGAGAUGGUGCAACUGGUGCUCCAGUACCGCGACUACCAGCGGGCGACGCGGCGGCUCGCCGGCAUCCCCGAGCUGCUCAGCAAACUGCGACGGGCAGCCGACUUCUACGUGGAGAUGAAGUGGGAGUUCACCAGUUGGGUGCCGCUGGUCUCCAAGGUGUGCCCCAGCGAUGUCUACCGCGUCUGGAAGCGGGGCGAGAGCCUGCGGGUGGACACCACGCUGCUGGGCUUCGAGCACAUGACGUGGCAGCGCGGCCGCCGCAGCUACAUCUUCAAGGGGGAAGAGGAGGGGGCGGUGGUGAUGGAGGUGGACCACGACAAGCAGGUGGUCUACACGGAGACGCUGGCCCUGGCCCUGCACGAGCCCGACCUGCUGCUGGCGGCCAUGCAGCCCUCCGAGGAGCACGUGGCCGGGCGCCUGACGUCCCCCAUCGUCUCCACGCACCUCGACACCAGGAACAUCGCCUUCGAGCGGAACAAGUCGGGGAUCUGGGGCUGGCGCUCGGAGAAGAUGGAGGUGGUCAGCGGCUACGAGGCCAAGGUGUACAGCGCCAGCAACGUGGAGCUGGUGACCAAGACGAGGACGGAGCAUCUCUCCGACCAGGACAAGUCACGCAGCAAAGGCUCCAAGACCCCCUUCCACUCCUUCCUGGGCAUCGCCCAGCAGCACGGCACCCACAACGGGGCGCCCGUGCUGCAGGCUGCCAGCCCCACCAACCCCACGGCCAUCACCCCCGAGGAAUACUUCGACCCCCACUUCGACCUGGAGACCCGCAACAUCGGGCGCCCCAUCGAGAUGUCCAGCAAGGUGCAGAGGUUCAAGGCCACGCUGUGGCUGUGCGAGCAGCACCCGCUGUCGCUGGCGGAGCAGGUGACGCCCAUCAUCGACCUCAUGGCCAUCUCCAACGCCCACUUCGCCAAGCUGCGGGACUUCAUCACCCUCAAGCUGCCCCCCGGCUUCCCCGUCAAGAUCGAGAUCCCCCUCUUCCACGUGCUCAACGCCCGCAUCACAUUCAGCAACCUCUGCGGCUGCGACCAGCCGCUGGGCUCCGUGCGGGUCUGCGCCCCCACCCAGCCCCCCGGCGCCCACCCCCCCGGCACCCAACCCCCCAGCGCCAGAGGUUGGCCCUUCCCGUGCGAGGUGGAGGCGGGGGUGUUCGAGGUGCCGGCGGGGUACACGGUGCUGGGCGCGGGGCGCAGCGAGCCCCUGCGGGACGAGGACGACGACCUGCUGCAGUUCGCCAUCCAGCAGAGCCUGCUGGACGCCGGCACCGAGACCGACCAGGUGACGGUGUGGGAGGCGCUCACCAACACCCGCCCGGGUGCGGAGCCCCCCCCGUACGACGAGGAGCUGCAGCUGGAGCGGGGGCGUGGCCAGCCCCUCUGUCCCCGCAGGGCCCUGCAGGAGAGCAUGCUGCUGCAGGCCGGCCCCAGCGCCGACCCCCCCGUAGCCGACAGCCCCCCCGGGGCGGGCGGCGGGACCCCCCCGGUCCCCUCCGGCUACGGCAGCUUCGCGGAGCAGCUGCGGCUGGCCAUGGCGCUCUCGGAGCGGGAGCAGGAGGAGCGGGAGCGGCGGCGGCGGGAGGAGGAUGAGGAGCUGCAGCGCAUCCUGCGCCUCUCCCUCACGGACAAGUAGCGCCGGGGACGGCGGACACCCCCCCGCGGGGACAGGGACACCCCAACGCGGGGACAGGGACACCCCACCGGCAUCACCGCCGGGCACGGCCUCGCACGGGGACAGCCCGGCGUGGGUACCAUCCCGCACCGGGACACCCCAACUCGGGCACAGCCCUGCCUGGGGACCGGCUGGUGGCGGGGUGGCACCCCCGUGCCAGGGACACCCCCCGGCUAACGUGGGGACAGCCCCCGCACGGGCGGAAUUGAUCCAGGGAUUCUCCUACCCCCGGGAUCCCCUCCCGCCAGGCUCCAACCUCAGCCCAGCGAUCCUGGUCUGGGGGACCCCCACCCCAGGGACACCCCUAUCCCCAGGACCCCCACCCCAGGGACCCCCGCCCUCCUCCUCUUCGGUGGUGUACGUUGACCCCACGGGGAGGGGAAGGACGGACCCGGGGGGUCCCCAUGGGACGCGGCUGACCUCUGUUUAAAGGCACCUCCGCCUUUGGGGGCUGCAGGGACCCCCAGGCCUCGUCCCUCGGUGGCAGUGGGGGGGCCGGGGGGCCCCGGAGGUAUGUACAUAUACAUAUACAUAUAUAUAUAUA